GGGCCGGCUGAGCGAACCACAGACUCUCCUAUAGCGCUCUGCGAGGCACUUUACAUCGCACUGACAGAGGGGCGACCAUUCCCCGAAGCUCCCAUCCAGGCGAGGGCCGCGGCAGCAUCCGAACAGAGGGAAUACCGUUUAGUCAAAGCCUGAUUUCAGAGGUGGAACCGGACGACAAAAAAAAUGUCUUAUCAAGGAAAAAAGAACAUCCCAAAGAUCACAAGCGACAGGCUUCUGAUCAAAGGCGGGAGGAUCGUGAACGAUGACCAGUCCUUCCAUGCCGACAUCUACAUGGAGGAUGGCCUCAUUAAGCAGAUUGGAGACAACCUGAUUGUGCCUGGUGGGGUGAAGACCAUCGAGGCCAACGGAAAGAUGGUGAUCCCCGGUGGCAUUGACAUCCACACCCACCUCCAGAUGCCAUACCGUGGAACCACAACCGUGGAUGACUUCGCCCAGGGAACGAAGGCUGCUCUUGCUGGAGGCACCACCAUGAUCGUGGACCAUGUGAUCCCAGAGCCCGGCAGCAGCCUGAUGGAGGCCUACGACCAGUGGAGGCAGUGGGCCGAUGAGAAGGCCUGCUGUGACUACUCCCUCCACGUGGACGUCACCCACUGGAACGACAGCAUAAAGCAGGAGGUGGAAAACCUUAUCAAGGAGAAAGGUGUGAACUCGUUCCAGGUCUACAUGGCUUACAAGGACUACUACCAGAUGAGCAACAGUGAGCUCUAUGAGAUCUUUACCUUCUUGGCAGAGAGGGGAGGCAUCGCUCAGGUCCAUGCUGAGAAUGGUGAAAUCAUUGCUGAGGAGCAGGCCCGCAUGCUGCAGAUGGGUAUCACUGGACCAGAGGGACACGUGCUGAGCAGGCCAGAAGAGCUGGAGGCGGAGGCGGUGUUUCGUGCCAUCACCAUCGCCAGCCAGACCAACUGUCCUCUCUAUGUGACCCGAGUCAUGAGCAAGAGUGCUGCUGACAUCAUCUCACAGGCCCGGAAAAAAGGAAAUGUUGUGUUUGGGGAGCCAAUCACAGCCAGCCUGGGGACUGAUGGGACACAUUACUGGAGCAAGAACUGGGCCAAGGCAGCUUCAUUUGUAACAUCACCUCCUCUCAGUCCUGAUCCCACCACUCCAGACUAUCUGAACACACUGCUGGCCAGUGGAGACCUGAGUGUGACUGGCAGUGCUCACUGUACCUUCAGUGUGGCCCAGAAGGCCAUCGGCAAGGAUGACUUCACUCAGAUCCCAGAAGGGGUCAAUGGAGUGGAGGAGAGGAUGUCCCUCAUCUGGGAUAAAGCUGUGACUACAGGGAAGAUGGAUGAAAACAUGUUUGUGGCAGUCACCAGCACUAAUGCAGCCAAGAUCCUGAACCUGUACCCGCGUAAGGGUCGGAUUGCCGUGGGCUCCGAUGCCGACCUGGUCAUCUGGGAUACAGACUGCAUCCGUACCAUCACUGCCAAGACACACAACUCGGCUGCUGAGUACAAUGUCUUUGAGGGCAUGGAGCUGCGUGGAGCCCCACUAGUGGUGAUUUGCCAGGGGAAGAUCAUUCUGGAAGAUGGGAACCUGCAUGUCACCUCCGGCGUGGGUCGCUUCAUUCCCUGCUCUGCCUUCCCUGACUUUGCCUACAAGCGUGUUAAAGCCAGGAAGCAGCUGGCCGUCCUGAGGGCAGUUCCCAGGGGAAUGUACGAUGGCCCGGUGUCUGAAUUCUCCCUGUCCCGUGGUGGUACCCCGUCCGCUUCGGCUCGUACCUCUCCCACCAAACAGCCUGUCAGAAACCUGCACCAGUCUGGAUUUAGUCUAGCAGGUAACCCUGCACCAUGCGGUCCCCCCACCCCAGAUGACAUACCCAUUAGGCCUGCUGGCCGGCGUAUUGUGGUGCCCCCUGGUGGUCGCUCUAACAUCACAUCCCUCAGUUAAACAGCAGGAGCUCGAGAGGGGAUGCAUCCAGAAAAGGACAGCAGCCAGAGUGCAGGAUUGAGGGUGGGGGGGGGGGGGAAAGGUAAGGGGAGGGAGAACGAAAGGGAGGGAGGAGGAGAUGCAUAGGACCAUGAUUAGUUAAAAGAGCAAAACACUGACUCCUCAUGCCUUACCUGUCACAAUGCAACCUUGCUCAGAUGAGAACAGUAUCCCUUUUCCUGGGGAAUUUGGAGUAUCAAAAUGGUUUGGAGUUUAUUAUAAAAAAUAAAGUCACCACCAGAGCACAAUACAGACAAGCAGUCUUAGUCUCACUUCUCCUCGAUAUAGAAUGCACCACCUAAAAAGUGAAAACAUGUUCACUUGAUGCUUUGGUAAUGGGCAAUCACAACAGUAAAACUGCAUACCACCACAUUGAGCAAAGGAAGAAAACUAUGCUUUUAGAGGAAAAUGGAUACCGCAUUUCUCAGAAUGACGCUAUGGUUCUUUCAUCCUGUUUGACUUUCAAUGUCACCCUGUUUUCUGUAGCCUGCUUUCUCCAUAGUCAGCAAAACAUAACACUAGAGAUCCCACGUUAGCCAUGUAUUAUCAUGCAGUACCAUUGAGUAGCUCUAGGUGGCAUUGUAUGUAUGGUAAAUGUCAUGUAGCUUUGUGAAUGAUGUUGUUGCAGCCUGUUUGGGUUUACUGGACCAAGUAAAAAGGUAUUUAUCAAAUUGUAGAGCAGGUGUGCUGUUGGACAUGGAGCUGCAUGGGCCACAUUAACAUGGGUGACGUGAUCCAUGAUCCUUUUGCCACCCCUCCUCUGAGGCGCUUGAUAAAUACCAUCCCCACGAUGUAUUGAUUGCAUAAUUAUUGGUGUUUAAAAAAAAAACAAAAAAACAGGAAGAUCGACACAUCUGCGUAGAACAAAAGAAUAUUAGAAAAGGUUUUGCUUUUUUUUUUAUCCCCAAAGGGUUUAUGUCAGUUUUUUUCCUGCACUCCAUCAUGGCUCUAUUAAAAAAAAAAAAAAGAAAAAGAAAAACGUUGUAAGAAACCGUCCUUUGCAUUUGCUUCUAGCUUAUUGCCCGCUCCUGUCAUCCUGAAAUCAUCUUGAAGGAGAACGGAGAUAAAAAGAUAGAAAACCUGUUCUUAACAAGCGCGAAUAAACUCAACUUGUCCCUUGUAGCUCAACUUUAACUAGCUUUGCAAUUAAGGGCAAAGAAGAACUAAGUAAAACAGAUGCAAUGAAAUGAUUGAGUAACAAAAACCUGCUUUCAGAUAACAGCACUUCACCUCUGGAUUUACUUUUUCACUGCUGACAAAUGUGGGCUCUCAUUUUAUAAGAAGACCCAGCGUAGCCCUGCAUAACGCAGUCCUGACCAGUACUAAUUUAACAUCAUCCCCAAUACAACCGUGGGUCCAAUUCAGCUUACAAAACACUCGGGAUCUGUUUGUGUCGGGAGUCUUUGGAGCUCUUUUUUAUGUCUGCUGUUUUCUGAUAAGGCAAGGAGGUUGUGGUGCAGUAAGCUUUUAUUUUGUCGUUGUCCCACUUUGGGGGAGGAAAGGAGAUGGUGAUUUAUAUUUGGCAGCGGUGUGGCAGACUAUGAGGCAGGCACAGGUGGUGGUUUGUUCUAUUUAUGUUAGUUUGACAACCUUUGUUAUUGUUUUUAUGUUGUUUCUUUUUUUUACUGUUGUAUCAAAACCCAGAGAUGGCAGGUCAAAAACAAGAUGUGUUGUGGAGGUAUGAUUUGUUUCCUGAAUAAACAUGAGUUGCAACUGA